GCCUUCAUUUGAAGCUUCUCCCCCAGAUACGAUACGAGAGAUAACGCACGGCAUCGGGUAGAAGAACGAGCCGAACCCAAACACCCCCUCUCCUCUCCUCCUCCACGACGACUCUUAACCCCAUCCUCCCGCCCCGGACCCGAGAGGAAACAAGCCAGGCCAUGGGCGACACCACCGCGGCCGCGGCCGCGCCCGCGCCGCCGAGGAAGUUCGGCAGGAUCUGCGUCUUCUGCGGAAGCAACUCCGGCAAUCGCGCGGUCUUCGGCGACGCGGCACUCGAGCUCGGCCAGGGGCUGGUGACGAGGGGGGUCGAUCUGGUCUAUGGCGGCGGCAGCAUCGGGCUGAUGGGCCUGAUCGCGCAGACGGUUCUGGAUGGAGGCUGCCGCGUCCUCGGGGUGAUUCCAAGAGCACUCAUGCCCCUUGAGAUAUCCGGUGCAAGUGUUGGAGAAGUAAAGAUCGUCUCUGACAUGCAUGAGAGGAAAGCCGAGAUGGCGCGACAAGCCGAUGCAUUCAUUGCUCUCCCAGGAGGGUAUGGAACAAUGGAGGAGUUGUUAGAGAUGAUCACAUGGUCGCAGCUCGGAAUCCAUGACAAACCAGUCGGGCUGCUAAACGUCGACGGGUACUACGAUCCGCUGCUCACGCUGUUCGACAAGGGCGCGGCAGAAGGUUUUAUUAAGGCCGAUUGCAGGCAGAUAAUCGUGUCGGCGCCAACUGCCCACGAACUGCUGACGAAAAUGGAGCAAUACACCCGUUCACACCGGGAGGUGGCGUCGCGGACGAGCUGGGAGAUGACCGAGCUGGGCUACGGGAAAGCUGCACCGGAGCCAGAGGAGGAGGCGGCAUCGUGCUGAUGUGUGGCAGGCGUCGUCGUCCCUGGUUGCUCAACUGGCCACUGGGAUUGCAAUUGCAAUAAUCGUAGUGUGUUGUGGUUUUGCGUUGUUGGUUGCCUUUCAUGUGACCCUGUACGUUGGAUUGCGACUUGAUCUGGCGAAGAAGCCUAAGAUUGUGUAUCUAGUCAUUGUCUGCCCCCUUGGAAUGAAUGCAGCGGCGUGAGCAAAUGCUGACUGAUAAACUACCAACGUCAGAACUCAGGUGAAGUGAACCGAUCGGGCAGUCGUUUUCUUGGGUGUGAAUGAAUGGUUGUGCAUGCAUCUUACUAGCAUCAGUACCGCUGGGAAUGACGUUAAUAACGAGCUGACACAACAUCAUUAAUCUACAAGUUCCUUUCACAACCAUCUUGUCAAUACUGGCAUGUUCAACCUCAGGUCAAAAAGGAAGAAGGGAGAAACCAUGGCCGCCUCAGCUUGGCUGGUAGUCCGGGCUCUCCACAUCGGCUCAAUGUGGUCCGGGAGCCACUUCCCCCCUGGCCAUGGCUCCCACGGUGCCACCGCCUGUCAGGCAUGCGUUUCCUGACACCUGCAGGCACCCAGUUGAGACAUGUGGCUGUACAUGUUCCCUUGCAGUGCUAUGUCGGCUGCCUGGGCUGCUGCGCCUGCACUGCCUUCUGUGUUUUUUAUCCACCAAGUUUGGUCAAUUAGGACACAUCACCGCGUUGCUAAAUGAAGGGCCGUGGUUUGCAAUACAACAGUUCCAAAGAAAACAUCUCAACUCAUGCAACAUCAACCACAAAAUAAUUCCAUCCCAAACAGGCCAAAAGAUAAACACGCAUACUUGUGCUAAGCAAAUUGCAAAUAACAACAUAGGUUUGCGAUCAGACCGAAGUGCAAAAACAUGCACGGCACAGACGUUAAAAGAGAUGCCACUUUACGAAACACAUCUCUAAAAAGCCACACGACAUUGCUCCUCAAAGGCACAUUAAUAGUCAGGAAACGUUACCAGCCAAAUUUGUAAUUUGUUCGAUGAACCGACGAAAAAAUUCUACAUGGUCAAGUUCCAGUUUCCAAAGACAAAGUCCUACAAGCUGCACUUGGCUGUGCCAAGACAAUGGCAACUGGACAAGGCGCACUGUAAGGAAUAGAAAUAAUACAACAAACUCGACAAGCGCCACAUA